GCAAUGGGCUGGUCCCAAGGUGUUUCUGGUGCGUUUCUCAUCCUCGCGUCUGCUGUUCGAGCCUUCAAAGACGGACGAGGGGCCCUGACCGCCCGCCAAUAAGGUACCUAAGGUAAGACUAAUGUAUGGAUACGUAACCAAGUAACCGCUCUCUCUCGAGUAGUCUCGAGUCUCGAUACAGCGCCCCCUCGCCUGACUGAUUGAAUCUGGCGAUUCCCCUCUGGGGUCUCCCUUGCCUACACAGGUCUCGUCCGAGACAGUAUUGUGGACCCCCCUUACCGGCUGCUCUCCCGCUCCACCGCCCACGUCCCAUUCUCUCAUGGACCCAGUGGAGAGAGAGACUCAGACCUCGUCUCUGUUGCACUACGAGGCAUCUCUUCUCCUCUCCUCCCACUCCUCAGUGCUGUAGUCGGGUUUUGUCAUCUGGAGGGUGAUUUUCGGUCCAUCUUCACGUUCUUCUGUACAAUCGUUCACUCCAACCUUAUUCCCUUCUUCGCGACGGCUUCGUCGACUUCUCUCUUUUCAAAAACCCUUCCUUCUCGUGUGCUCGUCCCCGCUGGGUGGUGGAGGUUCCGUUACAUUUUUGCUGGUCGAAGACAGUCCUUACCCACCGACACCAGCGAUACCGACGACACCGACGAACGCAUACCCGCCGAUUUUCCCCCUACCGAUCACCAAAUUAUAGACACCAAGAGACGCCGGACGUCAAAAUCAAACAUCAAUCUUUAAAUCGCAAAAUCUAAAAACUAUUUCCAAAAAAGAGGAGGAUUCUUCGGAAGAAAAAAGAGGAGGAAUUGCAGCACAAAGGAGCAGCCAAGUCUCUCCGAGCGACAUCUUGGUUCUCGGGUCUCUAGGCUGCUCGGUUUCAUCGAAAAGCUUCAGCCAUGGCGAACAAAGUGCUCAUGACCUUCGUGGUCGCCGACAUCGUCUUCGUCAUCACCGGUGCUCUGCUUCUGGGUUUCACCCUCAUCAACCAGAACCUCAUCAAGGAGGCGCCCACGGAAGGAACCGAGGCUGUUAUGCGCUUGCUCACGGCCCAAUUCCCACUGACAGCCGGUAUUGCCAAUGCCGUCUUCAUCUUCGUUACCUUCCUCUCCACCAUCCCCGGAAUGAUCACGCCGACUCGUGGCUGGCUCAAGAUCUCGGGCUACCUGACCACCUUCUGCGGCCUCUUCAGUCUGAUUCUUGGUGUUUACCUUUGGGUUCUUACUCUCACCACCAAGAACGACUUUGGCAAGACGUGGAACGUCCAGGACCCUCGUGUUCAGGAGCUCAUGCAGACUGCUUUCAAAUGCUGCGGAUACUUCAACAGCACUUCGCCCGCCUUCGUCACCGACGCUCAGUGCCCGAGUCCCGCCGCCGCCGCCCUGCAGCGCGGUUGCGCAACCCCGAUCACGAGUUUCGCCAACAUCUUCGUCGACAACAUCUUCACUGCCGUCUUCGGUAUGGUCGGUAUUGACGCCAUGCUCAUUGUCACCAUCGCCAUGCUGCUCAAGGAUCGCAAGGAGCGCGAACGUUACCGCCACAUUGACGAGAAGGCUGGUUACCGCGGUUUCUAAGCCGGCGGCUCAGCUUUGGUUGUUCAGGGCAAAAGAAGCCGCUGGCUCGAGUUGGCGCUCAUUCUCUGUCGUCUGUCUCUCGCUCGGAAAGCCAGCCUCUUCUCGGGAACUCCUUUUCUCUUUUGCGUGUGGCAAAUCGGGAGCAAGCAACUGUUUGUGGUCUCCUUUCCUUCGGACCGGGGAAAAGACUGAAUCGCCUCACCCCCGCCGCGGCCAUUGAUUGGUCUUAAUCUUGUUCCAAUUUUCUUUAGACAAAGUGGACAGGCAGAAUCAAUAACUUGACCCCUUCUCUUUUUCUGCGUUCCGCAGAAGCCCCUCGAUCUUCUUCUCUGUUACGAGGAGACACCGGGGUGGUGUACGAAUCUUAACGCAUGGAAACGAAUUUUCGGACGGAGAUAGUCGAAGCGACAGGUCUUUUUUUGUGUGACGGCCAACAUCUCUCUUACCUCUCUCUCUCUCUCUCUCUCAAAGCCUUCCUUACCGACGAACCCCCUUCUUUCUUGUUUGUGCGGACACCAUAUAUAGAUUUUUAGUGUUGAUUAUCUCUGUUCUGUAAAAAAGGGGGGAACUUGCCCUGAAAGCAGUACCUGUUUUUUCAAACUCUCUCUUCGCUCGUUCGAUGGUUAGUGACCGGUGACUGAACAUGUGGACUCGAGUGAAAUCGAUGGGAGGGCGUGAGAUGUGUAAGAAUAGGGGGAGGCUCAGCUCCUCAUGUCGACAAGGACGGUUUAUGCUGUGAUCAUAUUCCAGGACGGAGGGAGAUGCGUGUGUGCAUAUAUAUAACAAUUUCGGUAGUCCAUUCUAGUGUGAGUACGCCACUAUGCGCCGGAUCUAUUUGUGACAUGAACGACGUUGUACAUUGGGAUAGGCCAAGGGCCCAAUCUAUUUGUUUGCAGCCCUCACGGAUUGAAAUAAACAAGAUUGACGAUCAUGGUAGGUGAACCACAGAUGGCAUGUGCCAGAUUGACUGGCCUACGGACAGAGUGUCGUACGGAGACGGGGGGGAUUGGAGGAGCUGGAAAUAGAAGAACUCUUGGGGUGUAUAGUGUAAACACGCCAAGCGAAACCCUGUUGAGCCCGUAUGGCGGAGGAAGGGAAAGAGGCCGGUUGAGGAUUUUGGGAGCUGGGUUGAAUGGGAUCAAGCACCUGGUAGGAGGUUGACGGACGAGAGACACUAUGAUGGAAGGGAGGGAAGGCAUAGAGAGGGCGGACGUAAUGUGACUCCACAAUGUAGAUGGAACGAGAUAAACGAGCUGGAUCAUCUACCCGGAUCAACGGCGGGCAGGGGGGCGGCAACGGCCACCACCUUCAACGACACCAGUUUACAACUCUGACUCGGCAUGGAGUACCGCGUCACCCGUCAACAUCUAUCUCAAUAAUACGCGGCUUGGGGUGAUGGUCUUGUCUGUCUAUUGCUGCGAAGCCGAGUAUCCGAGUUUUGUAUCCGUGUGAAUGGGAGAAUGGGCGCGGCGACUAUUUGGGAUGCAUGAUGUCUGUGGAAAUGUCGUGUCAAGUAGAGCCGAUCCGGUUUUCUCUCUCUCUCUCUCUCUCUCUCUCU